AUGGACACAGACGACGGCGCGUCACGCCCCUUCGGCAUGAUCCCCGACAUCCUACUGGACGAAGACCGCCUCAACAUGCUCCUGGACAUCGUCUGCGCCGACUACAUCACCGCGUGCUACGCCAGCCACGAGAACGGCAAGCGCGUCGUGCUCCAGGCGCUCGAGAAGCUCUACCUCUCGGUCCACGCGAACGGCUCUGUCUCGCGCUCCAGCACAGGAGGCGCUGCGCCUGCAACAGCGUCGCACGCGGUGCACCGCGUGGGCGCGCGACCGGCUCAGGACGCGCUGUUCCAAGAGCGCGCGCGCAGGUUCUACCAGGACCUCGUGCUGGCGCUCGGUGCCCGGCAGCAACAGGCGGACGACGCAGCGCUCGAGCCAGCGACGGGGUCGGUAGUGACCUCGUCACUCGCCCGAGGGCUCGACGAGAGCCUCGUGCGCGAAGUCAUGAAGCCGCGACUGUUGCAGAUUGUCGAAGAAAUGUGCCGCGAACGGGACCGGCAGCUCGUGCUGACGAGUGAAGGGGCUACAUUUUCAGGACAUAGCGGUGCUGCCGGUAGUAGUGCGGCUGCAAUGGCAGGAGAGACGGGGGUAGCUGACGAAACAGACGUGGCAGCAGUUGCAGCUGCGUUGCUGCCGACGGCGAGCAGCGAGAUUCGGAUGGAAGGAUGGCUUCGAAAGAAGGGGCAGCACGUGAACCUGUGGCGCGAACGGUACUUUAUGAUCCGCUCGACGCUCCAUGGGACGCACUUUCUGUGCUACUUGCGCAAAAAAGGCGACAAGGAGCCGCGUGGGUGGUACGUACUGGGACCGGGCACGACCGUGGACGAAGUGCGGGAGUCGCCGAGCAAAAUUGAGACCAAACGGCUGUUUACAUUUCGGAUCCGGCACUUGAACUACGCCAAGAACGACGAGGUGUCGGAAGAGUGUGGCGGUGGUGUCGAAUCGACCCCGCGGACGACGCCAUCGCGCCCUGGCAACGAGUUUCAGUCGUCGCUAAUGGACCCAACGAUCGGCUCACACGACGCUGAAUUUGAUGCACGGGCAAGUGUCAGACGUGCCACGUCGCGGAAGCUCCGACAUCGCGCUGCCGCAGCGGCUGCAGCAGCCACAGCGGCAACUGCUGUGGUGCUGACAGGUGGUCUGGCCGGUGUUGGGAUUGGUAUGAUGGGCAUGAGCAUGAGCGCAGCGGCCGCUGCUAGUGCUGGUGCGGCUGGUGCAAUGAUUGCCCAAAGCCGCAGCAAGGGUCCCAUCGCCCUUGCUGCUGAAUCUCUAGAGACUGCAGUGUGGUGGCGCAACAGCAUUCUCGAGUGUAUUGCACAGGCCGAAGAGCAGUGGAAGCGCUACUUGAACUGGUACAUGGACCACGAAACCGACAUGGACGAAGCGUGCAGCACCUUUUUGCCUGAAAAUAGGCAGCAAGGCUCUACAGCGCCGACGAGCGGUGUCAGAAGACGUCGGUCGAUGUCGCUGCAGUCGCACGGAAAGGCUGCGCCACCGGCGCGUAAUUCAGAAAGCAGUCAGCAGCCGGGGCUACUUGCACCUCGAAUGGGAACCAGACAGCGGUCGGGAUCAUUUGGGUCGAUGCCAAGAUCGAUCGCUAAGACCUUCCGUACAUCUGCAACGUUCUCGCAAGAAACGUCGUGGCAAUUGUACGAGUUCUCAGACAAGCUGCGUGUUGACACCGAGCGCUCGAGCCACCAAAGCAGCCUGCGAACUUCUGCGCCCCCGCCAGCAUUUCGUACGAGUCUGAAAGUGAACGCGUCGCCUCGGAAGGUGUUCGAGAUGCUGAUGAAGAUGGACAGUCCUUUUUACAGCUCGAAUCACGUGAUCGAAGACGCGCGCAUCCUAGAGGAGCACACGGAAGACCACAGCGACGUGAUUUACUGGAAGCUUUUCUCAACGUACCUGUGGCCAGUUUCCGUAAGCGCUCGCGAGCUAUGCUUGUUGCGCUACUGGCGCAUGGAACCCGAUGGCUCCUAUUUUAUCUGUUAUCAGUCCACGACACAUGCAGACUGUCCUCAUAGCACUGGAGCAGUCCGUGCAAACAUCCUGGGCGGCGGUUUCAUCAUCUCACCGCGCGUGCAAGAGGACAGUGACAACCACUUUGACGAGUGUUGGGUGACGUUAGCAAUUCAGAUGAAUCCGAAUGGCUGGAUCGAUUGGACGCUAGCGCGUUCAUGGUACUACGUGCAUGCUUAUGGUGUAUUUUUCCUGGAAAUGAUCACGGCCGUCACAGCGGCAGAAGGAAGGGGGACGGUGCGGCCAGUGACUGCUGCGUCGGACCGCCAUCGAGCGAAUGAUGGCAGUGAGUCAUCUGCACCGAGCCAACAGAUUGUGGUCGAAACGAAGUUUUCGAUGCUAGAAAGGUACCGCACUGACCUCACGGUGCUGCACGGACUGCCAACCCGAUUUUGGAGUGAACCGAGCGCUGCAGGCUUUAUGGUGCGCGGACCGCAAUACAUGACCUCCCGGAUGAAAGUGCCGUCGGCUCCGCAGAUAUGUCGUCUCGUGAAUGUGGAGUUGUUCAAGUCCAGUGAGGCCAUUGAGCACGUCGGGGUCUCUUCUUUCGUCGGGGACGGAUCUGGUGAUCUCGACACGGCCAAUCCUGCUGCGGAAGACCGGCCAUUCAUCUUCAUUAUCAAUUUUAUGCUUCCCGGUCCCCCACAUCACUCUCUCGUGCUGUACUUCGCAGUAACAGAUCCGUCGGAGCUGGAUAAGGACCCGGUGUUUGCCGACCUGUGCCACGACAUUUUCCGCGGACCCGAUGACGAAUUGCGAUCACAGCGCAUAAAGCUGAUUCCACGCGUGGUGCAAGGUACGUGGUCUAUUCGCGAGGGUGUGGGCACCACGCCAGCCAUCUUGGGCACAAAGGUGUAUCAGAACUACUACCAGGGCAAGCACUACUUGGAAGUGGACUACGACAUUGGCAGCAGCAUAGUGGCCACAGGCAUCCUGAACAUGUUACUGGGCUACUCUUGUGACCUCAUCAUUGACUUGGCGUUCGUGAUUGAGGCACAGAGCGUCUCGGAACUGCCGGAGCGUGUGUUGGGCACAGUGCGUCUGGACUGUAUUGACUUGGGUCAUGCUGUGCCAUUCAGGAGGAAAUGA